AAUUACAGUGCUUAAGUGUUUCUAUAUAUAUCACUAGGCCUUCCAUGUUUUUUCUCAGUGUAACAAGUUGAAAUGGCAGUUCACUCGGUGCAUCGAGAGAAGGUUGAAGGAGAUCAGACCAUGAAAAAUGGACUUGAUUGCGAUAAUGUGGGCAGUGAGGAGUUUGAUCCGACUGCCCCUCCUCCGUUCAAGCUAGCGGAGAUCAGAGCUGCCAUUCCCAAGCAUUGUUGGGUGAAGAAUCCUUGGAGGUCUCUGAGUUAUGUCAUCAGGGAUUUUGCUGUUAUUUUUCUACUGCUCAUAUUGGCCAUGCACUUCAACAAUUGGGCUUUCUGGCCUAUUUAUUGGGUAGCUCAGGGGACCAUGUUCUGGGCACUCUUUGUUCUUGGCCAUGAUUGUGGACAUGGAAGCUUUUCUGAUAACCCAAGAUUGAAUAGCAUAUUUGGACAUAUAUUGCAUUCUUCAAUUCUUGUGCCAUACCAUGGAUGGAGAAUUAGCCACAGAACUCACCAUCAGAACCAUGGGAAUAUCGAGAAGGAUGAAUCUUGGGUUCCUAUACCAGAGAAGAUAUAUAAGAGUCUGCCGGUCCACAUCAAAUUUUUGAGAUUUAAAAUUCCUUUUCCCAUAUUUGCUUAUCCCCUAUAUCUGAUCAGCAGAAGCCCGGGGAAAACAGGUUCACAUUUCAAUCCAUAUAGUGAUAUAUUUCACCCCAGUGAGAGGAAUUUGGUUGUAACUUCGACAUUGUGCUGGACUGCAAUGCUUGCUUUACUUGGCUAUCUGGCUAAUACAAUUGGUUCAAUUCAGCUGCUCAAACUAUAUGGGGUUCCCUACAUUAUUUUUGUGAUGUGGAUCGAUUGUGUUACUUAUUUGCAUCACCAUGGCUAUGACAAGAAGCUUCCGUGGUACCGUGGCAAGGAAUGGAGUUACUUGAGAGGAGGAUUAACUACUAUUGAUCGUGAUUACGGAUGGAUUAACAAUAUCCACCACGACAUUGGAACUCAUGUUAUACAUCAUCUCUUCCCUCAAAUCCCACAUUACCACCUUAUAGAAGCGACGAGAGCAGCUAAGCCAGUGCUGGGGAAGUAUUACAGGGAGCCGAGAAAAUCAGGGCUAUUUCCAUUUCACCUGGUUAAAGAUAUGCUAAAAAGCAUACAACAAGACCAUUAUGUUAGUGAUGCUGGGGAAGUUGUGUUCUAUCAGAAAGACCCUCAACUUAACGUAUUUUUUCACAAGUCGGAGUGAUUCUCCAUGGCGAUGUUGGUCUGGUAUUGUGGUUUAUUGUUCUUUAGAUUUAUGAAGAAGUUAUCCUGUUCUUAAAGUUGCAAUUAUUUCUCCUAGGAAGUAAGGAGGAAAUUAAACUGUUGUUAUGUUGCACUUGUAUGUGUUGUUUUACUGUGUAAGCUACAACUUAGAAGUUUUGAAUGCAAUAAUUUACAGCUUUUAAA